CGUUCUGACAGCUCCAGGUUGGAUGUUUUGUGUGGACGUAUUUUUGCUGUUUGCAAGCAGUCGAAAGUUAUUUUUUCCAAAUUUGUGCAAAUUUUUUCUACUCAAGCGGAAAAGUGAAGUGUAUUUCUGAAGAAGUUUAGCUUCAUCUUGUAACAAUUGCACAAAGUACGUGUGAUUUUGGUGCCAACAAAUGUAUCGACGUGAAGCGAACGCAUCAGACGUUCCUCGUUUGAUCUAGCAGUAGCCAGCGACAUCCGCAGGUGGUGGAACAAGGUGUAGUAGAAACGUAGGAAAUGCCUACGUUCUCGACGCUCAUUGGACCCCUGCUGCUGGCGGGAACCAUCCUUCUGGGCGGUUCUACUCCGGUCACCAGUGAAGCAACCGGUACCGAUAGCCAGCCGCCAGUUUCGGUGGAAAAGUUACCGUUCUGUAACGAUGAUGUCGGGGAAGGUCGUGAUGUGAGCGAUAGAUUGCUAUACAUCACCACGCUGGAUGGUCGCUUGUCGGCUCUGGAUCUCACCAAAGGAGGAACACUCCGGUGGAGUGUGGAAACCGGUCCAGGACCACUGCUGUCCUCCAGCAUUCACCGGCUAGAGUUGACUAACAACGGCAAAUGGGUUCGCAUGAUUCCAUCGCUGAGUGGUGGACUAUACAAAUUCGAUGGCGAUACGAUCGAAGCGAUUCCGUUCAGUGCGGAAGAUUUGCUCAAGUCUUCGUUUAAGUUUUCCGAGGAUUUGGUAAUUUCCGGCGGCAAGGAGACACGAUCCUACGGGAUAUCCUCCCGAACCGGGCAGGUGAUUUACGAGUGUACGAUGAAUGGAUGUCGGAAUGCGACGGAAAUUAUGCAUGAUGAUAUAAAGAAUGGUCCACCGAGAGAGGGAAUGGAGCCUAUCCUGGAGCAUGAUCCGAUGCAGGAUGAUGUGAUAGUAAUUCGAAGGCAAACUCAGACAGUCCGAGCCGUCGAGUCCCGUACUGGCAGUGAACGAUGGAACUUUAGUAUUGGACAUCACGAGUUGGAGAUGCUGAAGAACGAAGACUGUCGAGGGGGAUCGCCAGAUUCGUUGGAUCCAGCUAUUUUAGAUCUAGAAUUGAAAGUUGUGAUUCCUGACGGGACCGUGUGUGCUGUAAGCAAAUCAGCGCCCACUAAAAUAUUAUGGAAACACACAUUCAAUCAACCGAUUGUAAGUGCCUGGCGAGCUAAAGAUAAGAAUGACAUAAUGAGUGUUAACUUGUUUGGUGGAACCGAUUGGCUCUCGAAUGUGAAUACAGCGAAUGUAGAUGCGGCUGGAUCAGAGCCAAAAGAAAAUAAUAUGAUAAAUCCUUCGCUUUAUUUAGGGAUGCAUCAGAAACAAUUGUACAUUCAGGAAUCGACAGCCCUGCUAGCUCGUCAGAUUGUUGAUGCGCAAUCGGUACUGCUCACUGAAGAAACAAAACAUCCAAUGAUACCUUGGAAACCAUAUCCCGCCAGACCUCCUCAAGUGGUGGGAUAUAUAACCGAUGGUAACGAUGAGCGCGAGGAGAAGGAAGAUUUGAAGUACGCUGAAUCAACGGCAAUUGCCCGGUCGGUCCUGUAUCAAUCCAAUUAUGUGAACGGAGAGGGCUUUUUCCUCUAUACUCCGGAUGAUUUGAACCGGAAAGAGAAUGAAUUGUGCCCGAACAGCUCCAAUGACACGCCAGCCAUAACUGAUGGCGGAUCCCGGAAUGAGAGUUCCAUUUUCGAUUUCACGUUGGAUCCAGACGCGCCGGUUAAAGUUAUCAUCAUCUCAAUUUGGUUCUGGUGGAAGGAAAUUCUCGUCAUAUCGGCUACAACGGCAUUCAUUCUGAACGUAAUGUUACGUUUCAAAAACGAGAAGGAAAUCGUGGUGUUUGUGGAACGUCAGGUUCCCGUUCCGAUAGCGGUGGAAGCGACUGAGGAAGAAUUUGCUCCCUUAACAGCGAUCAGGAAUUCUAGAAGUCUUUCCGAAUCGAACGGGGAAAAUUUUGUCUCGAGAUUUCAAGAAGAUUUCGAGCUUGUCCAGUGCCUUGGAAAGGGUGGUUUCGGGGUUGUUUUCGAAGUUAAAAAUAAACUAGACGACUGUCACUAUGCCAUCAAGCGUGUCGUGCUUCCCAACAAACAAGAAUCGAAGGACCGUGUGAUGAGGGAAGUGAAAACACUAGCCCAUUGUGAGCAUACCAAUAUUGUACGGUAUUUUCAUGCUUGGACUGAGACGCCACCACCGGGGUGGCAAGAAAAUGAGGACAAAGUUUGGUUCGAGCGAAACUGUCUAUCGACUUCGAUCGACAUCGAGACGCCAACGGAAACCUCUUUGCCAAAAAUUCCUGCCAGCAUUAAUGGCAUUUAUCAGAGCAACCAGCUAGAGUAUCUCAAACCAAAACAUUCCAGCGGCCAAAAGCUACCUUGGCUAACGAAAGUUUCCGAGCCGAGCUUUUCAUUGUCUCACGCUGAGACUGAUCUGUCGGAUAGCUACAUCGAAUUCCGGGCGGAUCCUAAGAAAUCCGAAACCGAUGAUGACUCGUUCCCGAUUGUUUUUGCAAGUGAUAGCAAAGCCGGCGAGGACUCAAUAAACAUCGUUUUUAAGGAACCCUCGCAAAGCACUUCACGAAGUCAUCAUGUAGUUUCGUUUCACGAAACGACAACUGCAUCUUCUGGUCAGCUUCCGGUAAAAUUACCGGCCGGUCCUUCAAUACGAAAAAACCGCCACCGAAGACCACUUUCUCUGGACCUAACCAGUACCGGAAGUGUCGUCAGAUCUCCAGACAGUGAAAACCGUAUCACAGAAAGUAUCAACGUGAUGGCUAGUACCUCCGUUGCCACGUCCAGCGUUAUAAGCAACAAAAUCUACUUAUACAUUCAGAUGCAACUCUGCCGAAAACAAUCACUCAAAGAGUGGCUUAGUUUGAACGACCUGGCUGCUCGGCAGGAUAAGAUUAUACCGAUUUUCGAACAGAUCGUGGACGCCGUUGAAUACGUACAUCUCAAAGGACUUAUACAUCGGGACCUGAAACCAAGUAAUAUUUUCUUUUCGCUCGACGGGCGGAUAAAAAUCGGUGACUUCGGACUGGUCACCGAUUCCGCGGACGUGCAGUAUGACAAUGAAAAUAAUUUGCCCGGGAUGAUGGUGACGGGGGCGAAGCAGCGCCAUACUCGCCAGGUGGGAACGCAACUCUACAUGUCACCGGAGCAGUUGAAAGGGUUACCGUAUGACUACAAGGUGGACAUUUACUCACUGGGGCUGAUACUCUUUGAGCUGCUGUUGAGCUUCGGCACCGAGAUGGAGCGGAUCUGCACACUGAAGGAUGUGCGCAAGGAUAAGUUCCCCGGUGGGUUCGAGGAAAACUAUUCGAAUGAGUACCAACUGCUGAAACUGAUGCUCUCCGAUAAACCCAGUGAACGGCCAACCACUUUCGGCAUCAAGGCUCGCCCUCCGCUGAAACGAAUUCUAGCGAGCCACUCAACACCCCAACUGCACGCCCAGUCUUCGACGGAAGAUCAGGCUGUCGGAAACGGGCAGUCAUCAGCGGAUACAUCGGACCACAGCGAGUGGCAUUUUGAGCUUCCACCCAGACGCAAGGAUAGCCGAUCCGCCACUACUGUGGCCACAACUAGUUCCAGCUCCGGAAGCAAUCAAAACCAAAUCUUCUUUUGAUAAUUGAAGAUUUGGCAGUAAUUAUUUACGUUUCGUGGAAGCCCAAGGCAUAUUUACGUUAAAUUAUUGAACAUAUAACAUAACAUAUUUUAAGUUUAAUUAUAAGUUGAUUGACUACCCAGGACAUUCAGCAAAUAUUGCUUUCCUUCUGACAAUAAAACAAGUAUUAAAUAAUGACUUGUAAAGAACGAAGCAAACACAGGGUAGCAUUUGUAAUAUUCACUGGAAGAAAUAAAAGUUUUAUCUUUACAAUGAUAGUUUAA